GGGGAAAUGACAAUGGGCAAUGGCCAUGGCCAUGGAGGAGAGGUGGUGGUGGCAGGUCUGUAGGCCAUAGUGCAGGUGUGGGAGGGGGUGAAACAUGGCCCCCUGUCGGUGGGCAUGGGCUUCUCCUCCCUCACCACCCGCAAGUCACUCUCACCAUUGCCUUGUGUGUCAUUGUGUGGGGGAAUGCUAGACUAGCUAGACUCAUUCAAACAUAGGCGCAAGCCUAGCUACUCAUAUCUCCUCUUCUUCCCCCCUCCUCCCUCUCUCCCUUUGCUGUUGUUCCCUUCUUCCUCCUUGGUCUCGAUCCUUUACAAGGGGUGCAUGCAUAGACGAUGGAUGAUGGAUAGAAAAGAUGGAUAUGUUUUCCCUCUAGCUAGCUAGCUCUUCUAUCUAUCUCUCUCAAGGAAACAUUCCCCACUUUGUGCCAAAACUGUUAUUGCGAUUGCUAUGGUUAAGUGUAUUUUUAUCACUCCCUUGUAAUCUAGCUUAGCUUUACCAAGCAAUAUAAUCCCCACCACCAUCUUCUCCUUCCCCCUUGAGGCCAACACCAUCCUCCUCCUCCCUCUAUUUCUUCCCAAAACCUACAAGUAGCGCACACAGCGACAACACCAACACAGCCUCGCAAGGCAAGAGAAAGCAAAGCUAGGAGGGAAAGAAAGGAAGAAAGAAAUCCUUUUCCUAGCUCGCUCUAAAGAGACCACCAAACCCUGGAGCUCUAGCUCAGCCUCCCAGCCUAGCUCGGUAGCCGAAGCCAUGGAGUACAAGAGAUCAUCGCAUGUGGAGGAGGAAGAGGAGGAGGAUGAGGAGGAGGAAGAAGAAGACGAGGAAGAAGAGGAGGAAGAGGACGAGGAGGCGAGAAGCCAUCGCUACACCACGGCGGCGGCGGCGGCGGCACCAGUGGGUGCUCCACAGCAGCAGCAGCAGCAGGUGCACGCCCAAGCUCUUGGCCUCGGCUCGCACCCCUCCCUGAUGGACUCUGCCGCCUUCUCGAGGCCGCUCUUGCCUCCCAACUCAUCUCUGGUGACGCAGCCACCGCUGCCUCCACCAGGCUUCCUGCCGGCUCACCGCCAGCCGCCGCAUCAGCUCCAUCCGAGGAAAGUGGAGAGGGACAGGGACAGAGCCGCGGGAGCGCAGCAGCAGCCCCAGGUCCGGCGCCACCAAGAACCAGCGAGGAAUGGCGUUCUCGGCGGUGGCGGUGGCGGUGGCGGCGGCGCCGCGCCCCCAUCGGCGGCCUCUACCCUCGGCCUCGUGUCCGUGGGGCCCGUGGUGGAGGCGGCCCAGUGGAGGUACCGGGAGUGCCUGCGGAACCACGCGGCGCGGCUUGGCGCGCACGUGCUCGACGGCUGCUGCGAGUUCAUGCCGUCCGGGAGCGACGGGGCCGCGGCGCUGGCCUGCGCCGCCUGCUGCUGCCACCGCAGCUUCCACCGGCGCGAGGCGAUCCCCGGGGGCGUCGCUGCCGCGGUGGCGGUAUCGCCAUCGCCGGUGACCCCCACCGCCGGCGCCGGCGCCAACUCCUCCCGUGUCAUGCCGCUGCUCCUGGCCCCGCCGCACAUGCACACGCGCCCGCCGCACGUCCCGGCGUCCCCGGCGUCCGCGCCCGCCGCGCUGACCGAGUCGUCGAGCGAGGAGCUGCGCGUCCCCGCGCCGGCGCACCCGGCCGCGCCGGCGACGACGCACCCGCCCCACGCGCAGGUGGCCGUAGGGGGCUCGGCCUCCGCUCCCCCGGCGCCGAGCAAGAAGCGUUUCCGGACCAAGUUCACGGCGGAGCAGAAGGACCGCAUGCGCGAGUUCGCGCACCGCGUCGGCUGGCGCAUCCACAAGCCCGACGCCGACGCCGUGGACGCCUUCUGCGCGCAGGUCGGCGUCUCCCGGCGCGUCCUCAAGGUGUGGAUGCACAACAACAAACACCUCGCCAGGAUCCCGCCCUCGCCCCCAUCCUCCCACCAGCCGCCGCCGCUGCUGCCGCCUCACCACCACGACCACCACCCACCUCCACCUCCACCUCCGCACCACAUCCACCAUCACCACCCGCCUCCGCCGCCGCCGCCGCCGCCACAGCAGCAGCAUGAUGCAUGAGCGAGUACCGAGUAGCCGCAGAGCAAUGCCAGAGGACCAGACGAUGCCAUUAGCUUAUUAAUUAGCUCCUUUAUUUAUCCUUCUUCUUCUUCUUCUUCUUCUUCUUCUUCUUCUUCUUCUUCCCUGGUAAUUUCAGUGACAUCCCGGUUGUUGAGAAGUUGACUCAUCAUGCAGCAGGUAGGAGGGAUUAAUAUGAUUAUGUGACCUAAUCUCAUCUCAGCCAUGCUUCCAGUGUUCCGUCGUCCUCGUUGCUUUCUUGGAUUACCUCCAUUAUUAGGUUAUUAGCGUCAAUGGCGCUUGCAUUGACAUCCAUUACACUUCUUUCUUAUGUUAAUAACCUAAUAAUGUUCACUGUGUUAGUUUUAGGGCUUUCUCUCUCCCUCGUACGUCCUCUCUCUCAGUCUUUGAUACAGAGAUAGAGAUGGUGCAUGCGCAGCUGUGUUUGUGUGUGCAGUGUCGUACCAGUGCUGCUGCAACCCUGCAUUGCCAUUGCCAUUGCUUGAUGCAAUGCUCUCUUGGGCGCCUCCUCCUUUUGACUUUGCUUUUUGGGGGCUUGUUGGAUUCCUUUUGGCAGGGCAGCCGCUCCGGGGAGUCCAGAGAGCAUUGUGCCGUGCUCUGUAUGCAAUUGCAUUGGCAUUGCAUGCAUUGGGGUUUGGUUUUUGGUUUGGUUGGGUUUGGUGAGGGGCCCUUUUUGCUGCGAGGGGAAUGUACUUAGGCAUGGGGCUUUGUCAUUUGGUGUGCAAAGUACCAUUAGGAGGGGUCAUUAAAGCAGGGUUCCUGGCUUCUAAGCCUAUCUCCCACCAGUUGCUUUCUGUCCUCUCCUGAGGGUGUGUGUCCUCUUCUGCUGGGCUUGCAGCCGAAACCCCUUUCUUAAGGGCUUUUGCAGCCUUUUUUGAGGGGCAAUUUUGCUUGAGCUGCUUCUACAUCUACUGGCCUUCUGCCAAAGCUCUAGUGUAGGUACAGUAGCGAGUGUAGCAUGCACCGGGAGUAGAGGUUUUUUUUUUCCUGGCCCCAUCACUGCCUUUGGCCACAACCACAAGUCCACAAGUGCACAGCAUUACUGUUAGUCUGUUACUGUAGCUGGAGUUGGGGGGCCUGGUGGGCUUCGGCCAGAAUGCUGGUGUGUGUGCCAUGUGAGUGUGAACUGCUGUGUCAGGAACUCAAAAGAGAGAGAAAGAAGCCCUGUGUUGUAUUUGAGUGUAUGCUGGAUUCAUGUAUUAUGGGUAUGCAGCAGGGUGAAUGAUGAUAUGUGAAUUGUCGGCAGCUGGAGGCUUGGAUCGGAGCCAUCCAAGCAUUGUUGUGUCGAUCUGAUGUGUUAUGUUAAGGAGAAAAAGGUGUGUUGUUGCCUUGUUGG